GAAGCUUUUCAUCUUUCAUACACACAGCAGGAGCCUUCGCAACGAAAGUGAUUUUUCCAAAGUCUUCGUCACUGUUACUUACGAGCCUUUUGGGAAAGGCAAUCUGGAGAAAUUAUUAAAAAUUGGAUUUUGCAUUCAUUAUAGAAAAUCAAUCGAAAAGCCUGUUUAAGAAAAUCUGCCAAUUGGAGCAGCACUUUUAAUAAUCUUCGCUUUCUUCUGUUGAUCGAAAACAAUGGAAUUAGUUUCACAGAAACCAUGGAUUAUUUGAGGUAAAAGAAACGCUUACAAAAAUCAGUCUGCGGGCAAAUGCGAAUUGCAAAAACAUAGCAGAGUUAUAACCUCAAGAGGCAACUAAAAUAGCGACAUUGUACUUUACAGGGAGAGUCGAGAUAUUUAUUGAUGCUGGAUUGCAAAGGAGGGCCUGAUUCGAGAGCAGCAGAGGAAGCUCACAAGGCAUUGUCAGAACCAUUUUGAACACGGAUCUAUCUGAAUAUCUGAGCUCGAAAAACGGUUUGCAAUACCUUUAGGAAUGAUCUGCACCAAGUCGAAAUUAUGGGUAACAGGGUUGGCGAAUAAUGACAAUGAAAGUAAUGACAAGACAGAAGAACAGGUUUUAAACAAAGUAAAAAGACUUUUGAAACAACAAAACCAACACGACACAGCAAUUGAGCAAGCUGUCUCAGGCAAAGUGGAAGAAGGCAUGAGAGAAGAAGACAAAUUAGAGGUUCAAAGGAAGGAAAACGAGAGGAUAGCAGAUGACAAUUACCCUGCGGAUGAUUUUGCAAAUGGAAGUAAUACGAAUACAGCUGCUUAUGGAUUAACGAAAACCCUUUGCGAAGAUGGGGAGGAAAGGGGUGAAAAUCACUGUAGGAGUCGAACAGAGAACGAUGCAUACUUUGAUAUUCCUGAUGAUGAUUAUGACACAGAUAUCGAGUGCGAAGACGAUUCAUUGAAGAGUAUUGUGGAGGAGGAAAAGGAAAAAUAUAUAAACAAGUGCAUCAGGUUGGGGAUACCACCUGCCACGAUACUAUUAAACAGCUUGACCAAAACGAGGCUUAAAAUGUCUCACCAGGGUUUAGGAACAAAAGGAAUGCAAGCAAUGGCAAAAACGUUGAAGAAAAACAUCUCAAUAAACAUAGUUGAAUUGCGUGACAAUUGCAUGGAUGAGGCAGGCAUAAAGAUCCUUGCAAGCAUAUUGAAGGAAAACCUCUACAUCACUGAUCUUGAUAUUUCAGAAAACACUAUGUACGACCAAGGUCUAGUCGAACUGAUUGGGGCACUGAAAUCCAGCAAAAUAAUAAAGCAUCUAAAAAUGUCCCAAACUGGCCUAAAGGACAGACAUGCCACUGUGAUAUCUGAUUUAAUAAAAGAAAACUCUCACAUAAAGAAACUUGUUUUGAGUAAAAAUGAACUCGGAUCAGCUGCUGGUGUAGUGAUUGGAGACGCACUUGCAAUGAAUAAUACCAUAAGCCAUCUUGAUUUAAGCUGGAACCAUAUACGCAAUGAAGGCGCGGUCUCAAUAGGGCAAUCGUUGAAAGGAAACACAUCAUUGACGAGCCUCACACUCGCAUGGAAUGGAUUCGCAGAUAAAGGAACAGAGGCUAUCUCCAGAGCAUUAUCCACUAAUGACAGUCUUGAAGAACUGGAUCUUAGCUACAACAGAGUUUGCGAAAAAGGGGCGGCAGCGAUUUCUGAUGCACUGAAAGUAAACAAUGAUUUAAAGGUACUGGCCUUGAACUGGAACGCAGUGAAAAGUGAAGGUGUGACGUCAUUGAUCGAAGCAAUCAAUAAAAAUGAAAAAUCAAAUAUAAAAGAACUUUCCUUACAGGGUGUGGUGAUAAACGGCGUAUGCAAAACGCAAAUGGACGAUUUACUUAUAAAAAAGAAGACACUUAAAAUAUACUACGGGGGCGUGACCAACAGCGGUGCAAUGUCUACAAAUAUGAGCAAGAUACGACGAGAAAUUGUCGAAAUAAUUACGAAAUAUCUGGCGAAAAAUCGAUUACGCAUGCUUGAUUUGUUCAACCAGUGGGACAAAGAUAAGAGCUUGACGUUGACAAGAAAUGAAUUUCGAAAGGGGAUCAAGAGCUGCAAGAUCCCAAUAACAGAAAUGCAGCUUUACUUCAUGUUGGAAUGGCUCGAUCAAGAUGGAAACGAUGAGAUUGAGUACAAUGAAUUUGUGGCAAUAACAGAAGUCGAGUAAGACAGAGCGAGCCUAAAUGCAAUGAAGUGACCGCAAUGAUGGAAUGAGUUGACAGAGCUAUCAUUAGAAAAUAAGAAAUAGUGGAGGUUAAUGGCAUUAAUACUCCUCAAAUGUAGUCCUCCUGAAAAUCUAUAAGACCAGGAUAGUUAAAAUUAUUUAUUUCAUAUACGAGAAUCCGUUAUUUUUGGGAACUAGCAAAAACCUUAUUGGUAAGAACAAAUUCCAAAACAAAUAUCCAAG